AUGUGGGUAGAUUAUGUGGUGGAGCAGAUUGAGGUGAUCUAUGGAAAAUGGCAUCCGGUGUUCCUUGACGCUAUCAUUCAGUCGAAUGGAACUUUCAUUGGCACUCGCGGUUCUACUACGUCCACACCAACUAACCACAGAGUACAGUCAUGGCAUGACAGAGCAACUUGGCUCAUUAGAUGGGGUAGCUGGGCGCAGACGACCAUUGAUGCUGAUCAGAAUGCUAGAAUCGAGACUACUUUGCAUUCGCUUGGUGGCAUUAAGCCUUGCACUAUCACCAAGUUGAGUUCGAAGAACAAUUCUCGAGAGGUAGUGGAAUUUGCUGACUUCAGUCUAAGUGCAGCCCUUCAUACUAGGGAAUGUCAAAUACUCACCAUAGAUAGGAUGAUGGCAGCCAAUGCGGUUUUGAAUGAGGAAAGUCUCCAAUACAGCACCGGUGAACAUCUGUAUGUGUGGAAUCACCAUAACAACUUGAUCACCAUCAGCCCAAUACCGUCCAAACUCGAACAAUCAAACACCACUGCGUCACCUGGAAUGUUAUGUCCUUUUCCUAGGGCAGUGAGAUGGAAUGGAUUGAUGGACCCGGCACAAAAUCUGUUGGCAAGACCAGCACUAGUUCUGGAGUUGCCCGGAUAUGAGAGGGAAGUGAAGUUCAAGUGUUAUGAGAGGCAUAUAGCUUUAUGGUGCGAAUUUUGCACCGAUGAAGUUGGAACUUCAUUGCCUUUGAAAAUGUGGCAGCUGCAAAUUUGGGACUGGCAGCACUUGACAAUGUUACAUCUGCAGAUACAAGCCCAGUCAAUAUUUUCUGACAUCGAUGAAACAAUAGCAGUAACACCAAUAUCAUGGAAUGAUUGGGGCUCUGGACAUGUUUGGGUUUUGGAGCAGAAAGCACAACUUGAAUACAACCUGGCAAUUAAAGACGACGGGCCAAUUGUUCAUUGUUGGAGAAUUUCCCAAUGGACUUUACAAGGGCCCUCUCAAGAACACAACACCAGCAAGUUCUCAAGGCUUUCUCGCGACUUGAUCUUCUUGUCCAAGGAUCACAAUGUCGGAAAUUGUUCCAGCUCAGAUGACUCACAUCAUUACUUUCUGCGAGACACAUUGUACUCCAAGCUGCAACAAGCUCUGGAAAGAUGUUGGGAUCUCCAAGCAAUCAAGCUUGGGUAUGCUCUGUUCCUCCUUCCUAAGAGGAAGAAUUGA